AACUCUGUUAUUAACCCAAAAAUAUAUAAAGGGACGCCUCUGGCCUCUCCUCUAUCUUCUUUCUGCUGUUCAGGUGAGCAAAAACCCUGAGCUAGUAAACCCUGGCACAAGAAUGAAAAAUCCCAGCUUAGGGCUUCCAAGUUUCAGCAACAGCUCUCUCUGGUAGCUAAUUGUUAACCAAAUCAUUCAUUCAUGGUCACCAAGUUCUUCCUCAGACCCAACCCUGUUCCCCUCACCAUUGUCUCCCCGACCCACUUGUUCCUCUUCCCCAAGCCCCCUCUCUCCAAGCUCACCACUAUUUCUCUUUUGUCGACAGCUACUCAUGCGAUAAUCGCCCAAGCAGAAGCCCUCCCCUAUGGACCUUCUCUUCUCAAAGGAAAAAUCCCAUUUCAAUACUCACCACAACAACAACAGCAUCAAGUGCAAUACUGUCAAUCCCAAUUGGGUGCAAAACUCCUUAAUGGGAAUAAACAAAGCCAGGAGGACGAUGAACAAGAGGACCACGGUGAUGGUGAUAGCGUAAUAGACAAGGAAAAAUUCACUCGGGUCUUUGAAAUAGCUGCCCUUCGAGUCCCUGCCAAAGAUUGUUUUGCUCUGGAGAGCAGACUUCGAGGCCAUUUAUUGAAUUGGCCGCGAAUUCGCAACAUUGCUAGAGUGCCUGGAGAUGAAGUGGAAGAAGAGCUCGCGCCUCUCUUGGGAGCCACCCAAAAUGGGAACACAGAUGAGGAAGGAAAUUUUGAUGCCUUGAAUCGAAGGAUCUACGGGAGAGCCGAGGGUGAUGGUGAAGAAUUAAGUCCUGUUUUGUAUAGGGAAAGAUUGGCGAAGGAGUUUAAUGCUAGGGGGUUUGUUAGGUUUAGGAAUUUAGCUAAGGUUUCGAGGCCGCCAAGGAAGAAGAGAAAGCAAGGAGAAGGAGAGGAGAAGAAGAGAGAGAGAAAUGAGAGGAAGGGGAGAGAUGAAUUUUCUAUGGUGGAGGUCGUGGAAGAGGAUGUCGGAGAGGAUUGGAAAGGGUUGUUAGGGGAUGAGUUUAAGGGAAGAAGCAAAUGGAGGGGCUCAACAAGGCUGUUGCUUUUGGAUGAGAGCUACGCUGAUAAGGGAGUGGAGGAUUUGCCUCAGGCUAUCAAGGUGGCUUUACAAGAAUCUAUGCGAGAAUACUCAACUUCUACCUUUGAGCUUAUUAGAUGCAAGUUGACUUUGUUUUAUGAUUACUGGCAGAUGAAUGAGGUCCUGGAGGCCUUGCUACCUCAAGGUAUGAUUAUUCCAUCAGCUUUUGAAACAAUUGGGCAUAUUGCCCGCUUGAACUUGAGAGAUGAGCAUCUUCCCUACAAGAAUCUUAUAGCAAAGGUAGUUCUGGAUAAAAAUAAGCCAAAGAUACAAACUGUUGUAAAUAAGAUUGACGCCAUACACAAUGAUUACAGAACAAUGCAGCUUGAGGUUUUAGCUGGAAACCGCUCCCUUGUCACCAUGGUAGUUGAGAAUGGAUUACGAUUCCAUGUUGAUUUGGCAACGGUGUAUUGGAAUUCAAGGCUUGCAACUGAAAGACAAAGGCUUCUGAAUGGCUUUACACGUAGUGAUGUUGUUUGCGACGUUUUUUCUGGUGUUGGUCCAAUGGCCUUGUCUGCUGCAAAGAUAGUGAAACGUGUUUAUGCCAAUGAUUUGAACCCUCAUGCAGUUGAUUAUUUAGAGAGAAAUAGUGUCUUGAACAAGCUUGAGAAGAAGAUUGAGGUAUUCAAUAUGGACGGAAGGAGAUUCAUAAGUGCUGUGUUCUCAAGUGAGAAAGCUCAGACCAUUACACAGGUGGUCAUGAAUCUGCCAAAUGAUGCAUCAGAAUAUCUAGAUGCAUUUAGGGGGAUAUUGAAAGAUAACCACAAGAAGAAAGAACUUACUUUGCCUAUGAUCCAUGUUUAUGGAUUCUCCAAAGCUCGAGAUCCAGAAUUUGACUUUCAUGAGAGAAUAAGGAUUGCAUUGACAGAGGUGGCAGUUGAUGUAGAAAUGCGUAGGGUACGCCUGGUUGCUCCUGGAAAAUGGAUGCUGUGUGCAUCAUUUAGGCUUCCUGAGAGUGUAGCAUAUGCAAAUACUAUGUUAAGUAAAUAAAUCAAGUUCAUAUAAGAGUACGGUUCUUUCAGUUUUUAUAUCGUAAUCAAUUGAGAUUCAAUGUUAGUAUGUUGCCAUGAGCUCAGUUGUUUGAUCUAAUGGACUUACUUCUAAGAAUAGUUGGGCGAACAUGUGCGCCAGAAAUUGGCAGUCUUGUUUUAAAUAUAUGUGCGCUGUGCAUAUGUAUAAGAGAUUGUCAUCAUAAAUGAUACAUGGUUUUGAUUGUGUGGUGAAA